UCCAGUCCCAGGAGCAGGGUUCUCUCAUCCUCAGCGUGAGGUGGUGCAUUGAGCAUGGACUCCAAAGUCAGACAGACCUGGGAUUGGUGCAGGGCAAGACCCUGAGCAAGUGACCGAAUCUUUCUGAGCCUCAGUUUCUCUAUAAUGGCCAGCAUGACUGCACUUCUGACCUGGGCUUUGGCUCUGCUCCCAGCGCUUGCAAGUGCCCAGACACAGAAAGGCUUCUGGGACUACUUCAGCCAGAGCAGCGGGGACAAAGGCAAGGCCGAGCAGGUCCAGCGGCAGAAGCUGGCAUGGGAACCCACGAGCCUGAAAGACAGCCUUGAGCAAGACCUCAGCAAUAUAGACAAAUUCCUGGAAAAGCUGGGCCCUCUCAGUGGGCAGGCGAGGGAGCCUCCUGCGCUCCCCCAGGACCCGGCGGACGUGCGGCGGCAGCUGCAGGAGGAGCUGGUGGAGGUGAGGGCGCGCCUGGAGCCCUACAUGGCAGAGGCGCACGAGCAAGUGGGCUGGAACCUGGAGGGCUUGCGGCGGCAGCUGAAGCCCUACACCGCGGAGCUGAUGGAGCAGGUGGCGCUGCGCGUACAGGAGCUGCAGGAACAGUUGCGCGUGGUCGGAGAGGGCACCAAGGCCCAGCUGCUGGGCGGCGUGGACGAGGCGCGGGGCCUGCUGCGGGAGCUGCAGAACCUCGUGGCGCACCACACGGGCCGCGUCCAGGCGCUCUUCCACCCCUACGCCCAGCGCCUGGUGAGCGGCAUCGGGCGCCACGUGCAGGAGCUGCACCGCAGCGUGGCCCCGCACGCCGUCGCCAGUCCCGCGCGCCUCAGCCGCUGCGUGCAGUCGCUCUCGCGCAAACUCACGCUCAAGGCCAAGGCGCUGCACGCGCGCAUCCAGCAGAAGCUGGACCAGCUGCGGGAAGAGCUCAGCGCCUUUGCCGGCGCCCGCGCUGAUGGCGCGGUUGAAGGGACCAGCCGGGACCCCCAGGUGCUGUCCCAGGAGGUGCGUCAGCGACUCCAGGCCUUCCGCCACGACACCUUCCUGCAGAUCGCCGACUUCACCCGUGCCAUUGACCGGGAGACCGAGGAGGUCCAGCUGCAGCUGGCGCCGCCCCCUCCAGGUCACAGUGCCUUCGCCCCAGAGUUUCUCCAAGCCGACAGUGGCAAGGCCCUGAGCAAGAUGCAGGCCCGUCUCGAAGACCUGUGGGAAGACAUCAACUAUAGCCUUCAUGACCAUGGUCUCGGCCAUCAAGAGGAGCCCUGAUUGUCUACUUGUCCAGGCCCACUUCCAGGCUUCUUGUCGGAGCUCAGGAUCUGAGCCCCCACCAGGUGUGGCUCAGUCCUUGACAGUGGCCUGUUGGGCAGAGGGUGGAGGGCCCUGCACAGGAUAGGCGUGGCCACCAAAGGGACUGUUGUUCCUGGAAUAUUCAGCCUCUUGGCGAUUCCCCCAUCCGGAUGCAUUAUACUCACCAGGCUUUGCAAA